AUGUCUACGUGGGGUUAUUUGGAUGAUUUAGUUCAGAGCAUAGAGACUCGGCUUUUAAUUCGGUUCUUUGAAACAAUCUGUUUAAAAGAGUCGACUCGCAAAAACGAGUCGAACUUCCUAUCACCAUAUUCCAAGAAAGGCGGAAUAGAGCAGAUGGCAGCGAAUCGAGAGUAAACUUUAAACUGUCAGAAAUGGAUUGUCAGGAAAAGCUGGAGGUGCCCGUGUACACCGAUGUGGACAGAGAGACUUUCUUGAGGGAUAUAUAUCCGCUGCGUAGACCAGCGGUUCUGAAGCGCGUGCCCCUGGGGCCCUGUGUGCGCGCGUGGACGGUGAGUUAUCUUGCGCAGAAGGGGGGAGACCGCGAGGUCAAAGUGCAUGUGUCCCCAGAGCCCAGGAUGGACUUUCUGCACAAGAACUUUGUGUACAGGACUCUGCCAUUUGACAAGUUCAUUCAGAGAGCUGCAGAGGCAAAGCACUCAGAUUUCUUCAUUAGUGAGGAUGAAAGCUACUACUUACGCUCACUUGGAGAAGAUGUUCGUAAGGAACCAGCUGAUUUAAGGAAGCAGUUCCCUGACCUGGCAGAGGAUUUCCAUAUACCACAGUUCUUUGAGCCAGAGCAGUUUUUCUCCAGUGUCUUUCGCAUCAGUUCCCCUGGUCUGCAGCUGUGGACACACUACGAUGUAAUGGACAACCUUCUGGCUCAAGUUACAGGAAGAAAGCGUGUUGUUCUGUACAGUCCCAAAGAUGCCCUUUAUCUCUACCUCACAGGGGACAAGUCUGAAGUUUUGGACAUUGACACAACUGAUCUGCAGCUUUAUCCUGAGUUUGUGAAAGCAAGUCGCUACGAGUGUAUUCUGGAACCAGGAGACCUGCUCUUCAUUCCAGCACUUUGGUUUCACAAUACCCUGGCUCUCCAGUUUGGAGUUGGUGUCAACGUGUUCUGGAAACAUCUGCCACCUGAGAGUUAUGAUAAGAAAGAUCCAUAUGGAAACAAAGACCCAGUAGCAGCCUCUCGAGCCCUGCAGUCACUAGAGAGGACUUUAGGCAUCUUGGAAGAGCUGCCACCUGAUUAUCGGGAUUUCUAUGCUCGUCGUAUGGUGCUGCGGAUUCAAAGCCGGGCCUAUCUUAGGCAAACUAUGGAGGCAUCACAGGAAAAUACAGACACAUAGUUCUCUCACUGUUUACACUGAAAUGGAGCUAUAGAGUUUGAGAAUGACAAUAAAGACAUUUUAGUUUCUUUCCAAAAAAUGUAUUAUUAAAUGUAUUAAUAUACUGCUGGUUUAAAGCAUGGUCUCAAAUCAACAGUUCUGGAGCACGUGCAGUAACUAUUAGGACACAGUUCUGACAAAAUUAGGCUUUCUGUAACAACUGUUGGUAACACUUUAUUUUAAGGUAUCCUUGUUACACGUUACAUAUACUUAUUAUAAUAACAUUAUAUUACAUUAUAAUGUUACCUAUAAUAACAAUUAAUUACGUGCAAGUAACCCUAACCCCAACCAUAGUAAGUACAUGUAGUUAAUUAAUAUUACUCUGUACUUUAAACUUUAACAAGGACAUCUUAAAAUUAAAGUGUAACCAAAUUGUUGAAUUGGACCAGUUGCUUCAAAAAAACAAACAUUUUCUCUACUUGUAAUGGGAUUAAAAUUAUACUGUGCUUUAGAAUGAGGAUUGUCAAUUGUUUGUUCAACCAAAACCUAUAAUAUUUACUUGUUGUACGCCCUAAGAUUUAAAGAUAAUAUGUGAAUAAUUUAUUUACACAUUUGUGGUUAUUGUCCAUAGUUCUCUGAUGUGGUUUAAUUGUCACAUGAAAUGCAAGUAAAGGAAUAAAAUGUUUUUAGUAAGUAAUUUUUUUAAUUGAUUUUAUUUUGAAAUGUAUUUACAUUAUUAUGAUUUCAUCAAUUAUUAGGUUUUCAUU